CAUAGAGCCUUGUCCCAGUCUCUAGACCUGCCUGUCUGUGUGGUGGAUGACCACCUGACCUCUGAAGCUGUCAAUGAGAUGGAGCAGAGCAAUUCUACCAGGAGCAGAGCAACCUCAGUGAUGGAAACCACAGAAGAGGGGAAGCUCAACAAUGUGGAACAUCUGACACUUAUGGACUUCCUUCAAAACCUAACUGAGAAGCAAUGGAGGGGGAUUCGUGAGGGCAUGUUUGACCCGCUGACAAAACAACAGCUUGCCGGCUUGUGUCUGAGGAUUGUCCAGUUUUUAUCGGACAAGCUGAUGCAGAUCAUCAUCCCAGGUCUUUACGAACUACUGGGCAUCCAAGAUGCUGCCUCCUCUCCAUUGUCACAGAGAUCUCUCACAGCGUCACUCACCAGUCUGUUAGACGAUAAGACUAACACCAAGACCCGCGUGAGAUUUACUGAGGCUGGUGUACCUAAGAGGCCAGGCAGUCGAAAGUCUUACAAUAGCUUUCGCAUCCCGACUCCCUACCCUUCCUCCAACUGUAUGGAUCAGGAAGAGGAAGAAGAGCAGGAAUCACAACUUAAGUCCAAGGAGAUUUACCUGACUAAGGGCAGUGGAAGCUACCUGCCCAAGGGGGCCAUGAGGUAUGUUCUUAAAGGGAAAUUUAACAACUUCAUAUUCAUCUCCAGCAUCACCAUAUGUGAAAAUUACACAUUUCCAUGCUUUGUAAAGAAGACAACCAACUCUGACUCGCUACAAGUCCUCUUAGGUGUCUCAGAGGACACCCUCGUCACCUGUGUGCAGGACAGCCUGCAAGGUUCUCUCUCCAAACUUGCAUGCAUGUCCAAUUCUCUAUCUGGAAGUGCAGGCUCUCCGAAGAUGACCCCUGCUGUAAUGGCAGAAGUGAUUAAAGAUGUCAAGUCGGCCGUAUCAGUGGUCGUUAAGAGUGCCUCCGCUAGCCAAACCUCUCAAGUGACACCGGUAAGGGGAGACUCACAGACCAAGGUGACUGAGAGCAUGGUGAGAGAGCUGGCUGCUAAACUUGAAAAAGUUGACCAAGAGAGCAAGAGUCUAACAGGGCAAGUCAUGCCCACCAUCUCUGACACAAUGGUGGCUUUUGUUGACGAGAACAAACAGAAUUUGCUGGAAGAUCUGAAGGACAAGAUCACGUUUUUGGCAUCCCAUGUUGGCUUCAUUGACGAUCUUGAUGCCCUGAUAAGGAAAUAUGAGAGCAGCUACAAUAUUGGUGAAUCUGGUUCCUCCUGCACGCUCACAUCUAAGAGCAUCCAAAAACUCUCCAGCCGGGAGUUUCAAACAUCAGCAAUACAGCAAUAG